AUGGAUAAUCAAAUGAAUAGAGAAAAUAUCAGAAACACAAAAACAAUGAUUGGUCAUGAUGCCCUAGGCGCGAUUGACGACGAAAAGGCUAGAAUGACGGAUUGGGAAACUACCUUAAAGCUUGCCCUUCUGGCUAGCAUCACACUCGUUUACAGUCAAACGACACCAUUAUUUCCUAUUUCCUGUGAAUUGAACAUUCUCAUUGUACUUGACAGAUCUGAUUCGGUGAAGGGUGGCUUCAACACGAGUCGUAAGUUUGUAACGGAUGUCUCCGAAGAACUUCAGAUCGGACCAAAUAAACAUGAAGUUGCUAUGAUCGUCUACUCUGGCUUGAGCUAUCGAAGAGAGAUUUUUAAAUGGAAUUUUGCAAAAAGCAACCAAGAAUUUGUAAGAAUUACAAACAACCUUAGAGCUAUUGGAGGUACAACCAACACAAAGAAGGCUCUGGAAGUUGCAUUGGAUUUGAUGGAGGAGAGAAACAAAACCAUUCCAACUGUUGUUAUGGUUGUCACAGACGGCAGAUCUGCUGAUGAUCCAAAACUCCCUGGCCAAAAGCUUCAACGAGAACCGAAUACCUGGGUAUUUGCUGCAGCCACUGGAGAUCCGAAAAAAGUUGACACGAGAGAGCUAAUGGAUAUAACUGGAAACAUCAAUCAUAUCGUAAUGCAUAGUGGACGUUUACUGGCUACUGACAUUGCCAAAAGAAUUCUUCGAGCAGCCCAGGAAAAAUGUAGAACAACCACAACCACCACCACAACCACCACAACAACUACAACAACCACCACAACCACGACUAAUCCCAUAACUGGAUGUGAAAUGGAUCUUGUGCUUGUACUCGACUUCUCUACUACAACCGAUCCCAUCUAUAAGUUCUACAAGGGGUUAGCUUCUCGUCUGGUGUCAGCUCUCAAGAUCGGUCCUCAUCACACACAAGUAGCAGCUGUAACUUUUGCCACUGUCGGUCGUACACGAACUCGAUUUAAUUUGAAGCAACACAAAGAUCAAAAAUCUGUGCUCAAAGCUAUUGAUGAUUUAGAAAGCCGAGGAGGAACAACAGCUAUCGGCGCUGGAAUAGCUGAAGGCAUCAAGCAGACAGAAGAUAAAGAAGGUGCUCGACCAGGAGUUGCUACCAAGGUGAUGGUUGUAUUCACUGAUGGAUGGAAUAACAAAGGAAUUGAUCCUGUUGAAGCUGCCCACAAAGCUGUUAAUGCCGGUUUUGAAUUGUACUCUGUUUCUUAUACGGGACGACCACCCAAGUCUGUGCAAACCAACAAUGAAACAUUGGCUGGUAUUGCUCAGGAUCAUGUACAUGCAUUCACAGAUAAGAACUACGAACAGUUAAUUGAGAGAAUUCGUCGACGUAACCUCAAAUGUAUGUAA